UGAACUUUCAAACGUGCAGGGAGUAGAUGAGAUUAACAGCAUUCCUUAGGGGGUUACUGUCCGGAGCACAGCAAUGGGGGCAAGAGCUAGAAACAACCCAUAUUUCCUGUACUGGAGUUAACAGAUUUGGAAAGCACAAGGAAAUGUAAUACAUAAUAUGUUUUUGGAUGAUCUGUGAAUUAAAGAGAGAAAGAAAUGUCUCGAAAAUCUCUUGUUCUUACUGGUCAGCAGUCAGGAAAACCUGUGGAUAGGAAUGAUGCCUCAUAUCUAAGCAUAAAGGAUUCCGAAUCACUUGACACCUAUAUUCAGAAUACUUUAUCUGCACUAUACCCACCAUUUGAAACCACAGCAGCCACAGUUCUUUGGCAACUUUUUGGGAUUGUCGAAAAGUUUUACAAAGGGGAUGGACUCCGAUGCCUAAUUGAUUUUCUUGUACCAGCUAAGAGAAUACUUCAGAGCAUUCAGCAACAAACCUGUGAUAACUACACUGGGGUAAUCUUUUAUCAUGAAGGCUGGCCAUUAUGCAUUCAUGAAAAAGUGGUUGUCCAGCUAGCAUCUCUACACAGGGUCCGUCUUAAGCCUGGUGAUUUUUAUUUCCAGAUUUAUCCACUUGGGAAACAGUCGGCAAAACUGGUUUUAAAAUGCCUCUCAAAACUUGGCACAGGAGUGGAAGAAGUGACUAUUCCUGAAACAAUGUAUGGUUGCAUCUUUACGUCAGAAUUUUUAGAGAAUGUCAAUUGCGCGAAUGAUGGAUUUCCCUUGCAAAAUUGUUUGCUAACAACUGGUACAGCUGUAUACAGAACACCUUGGAAAAAUAUAAUUAAUCCUAUUUUUGUCCCAACUGCAGAAACAAUAUUACAAAACUAUUCUGGAGCAUAUUUAAACCAUCUAAUUAACAAUAAUUCCAAUAGUAAGGGGAUGACACAAACAAUGGAAAGCAGUAGCUCACAUACCAGUUCAACCUCCAAUGAGACCUCAUCUACAGUUAUUGAAGUAUCAACAUUUACAGGCAAAAGUAGAAAACACGGACUGGAAUCUAGUUCUGGCGAAUCACUUGAAAGACCAUUUUCUGAAAGCUCUUUAGAAGGGCAGGAUGCAGAUGAUUCUACAAUAUCUCCCAAAGGCUCAAGUUUGGAUGAGGAAGCAACUCAAUGCACUGAUGAAUGCAAGGAAUUUCUAGAGUCCUCACCACAUUUGCAAAGCAGGAGAAGCAGUGCGAAAAGCAUAGCUUUUAGUACUGAUCUGAGUAGCCCUUGUCAAAGGCGACAAACAAGAGAUUCCUCAAGCUUUGAAAGUCGACGUUUGUUUAGGAAAUCCUAUUUAGAAGCUUUACAAAACCCUAUGCAUCUAGGAUCAAGCUCUGAAGAAUCCCUUACAGAGGAAAAGCCCCAGCCGCAGUUAGAAGCUAAUGAUUUAAAUGAGAAAAAUAAAUUAGUACAUUUACAAAUUUGUGAAAAACAAACUUUUCAUGCCCUCAAACUGUCCCCCAAGAAACACUUUAACAAAACCAUAUCUGCAGACAAUAAUGUAACACCAACAGUUAAAUCUGUUUCAACAAAUGAGUUACACAAACUAGCAGUUAGCCAUAUUUCUAACAGAAGGAGAUCUCUUUCGGUGGACAAGUUACAAAAGAAGUCGUCUACAAAGGAUUAUAGGUCAAGAAUGUAUUCUGAUGACCCAUCAAAUGCAAACAGUAAAAUGAGUUUGAAUGGCUUUCUGGGAAAAGAUGGAAGCCUAGAUUCUGGAAGCAAUUUGUCCAUUAAUUUGCAAAAUGACAGAUGUUGUAAAGAUAACACUGAUGUUUUCAUGAACAAUCACUCAAAUCCUAUAGAGGAUUCAAAACAACUGAUCAGCGAUUCGAGAGAGUCUUAUGUUGAGUCUAAAGAUUUGUUGUCACCGUCACAUGCAGAUGAGAUUUUUCACAAGUGGCCAAACCAAAUACCUGAAGUAAAUAAAGAACUGCUUCAGUCGGGAAUCAUAUAUUUGCCAGGAAACAGAGACCGAAGUGGAAGAGCAAUACUACAAAUUUGUGCAAAAAAUGCAAUCUGGUUAAAAGAAUAUUCCACAAGUAUAGAACUUUUACGCCUUCUAAUUUAUUACUACAUGAUACCAAGGAAGGAAGUUCGUGAUUUGGGAUUAGUAAUAUUAAUGGAUGCCAGGCGUAGUCACCCCAUUCCUGAACUUUUUAAAGCUUUUGUUAUGAUGCAGAAUUCUGUUCCCUACUCCAUUCAGAACAUUUUAAUAUUAGUUGACAAGGAAUCCACUUUCAGACCUGAAAAGGAUCCGUCCCUGCAGUAUGAGGUCUUAUCUUCCUUGAAAGCCUUGCAUAAGCAUAUUGACUAUAGACAACUGACCACAGAAUUUGAUGGACUGUUCCUUUACAAUCAUGAUGACUGGAUUUGUUUCCGCAGGAAAAUUGAACCAUUUAUUACUGACUGUAGAGAAGCCAUCAUUUUUCUGCAGAAUUCAAUCUGUUCAUUAAAUAUGAAAAGAAACUUAAAUUCUGUGCAAGAAGUUGCUGACCUUCUGGAAAAACACAGAACUAUGAUGAAGCUUGUCUUGGAAGAUCCGCUUCUCGUGUCAUUAAGAUUGGAGGGAGGAACAAACCUUGCAAGACUUAGGAAGGAUGAGUUCUUGAAUACAGAUGAUUACAGAGAUGCCAUGGAAACUAUAACCACAUUAUAUAACCAAGUUGAUGAAGAAGUUCACACGUUGGUUCUCCUGUCAAAUAAAUCUCUUCAGGAGCUGGAGAAGAUUCUUGAGAUAAAAAAGGUUGAGGAAUGCUUUGAGCAGAUUAAGCUUUGGUUUGAGACUGAAAAGCACACAUUUCUUGCCCCUUUGGAUGAUGAGACACUGUCUUUAGAGGUUUUAAAGACAAAACAAGAGCAAUACAAAGCUUUUAAUGACACAGUAGUGCUAAAUUGUGAAAAAGGAUUUCAGUUAAUGGAUGAAAGUAAGUCUCAGAACCCAGAGGGAUAUUUUCAGAAUUUCAAAACUUAUCUUGAUGGAAUUAAAGCUCAAACCGAAAAGCGAAAAACUGAACUGGAAAUAUUGCUCAAUUUGUAUGAAUUUUAUGAGACGGCAAAUAAAUGGAUGGUGCAUUGUAAUGACUAUCUAAAGCAAUUGACUACAGAGGUAAAAUACACACCUUCUGCAAUUCAGGACUUACAAAUGUAUCACCAAGAAGCCAAAAAAGUUUCUGCUGAAAAUUUUCACAAGGUUAAUGAGAUGGUUCUGAGCCUUGCAAGUGAAAAAGAACUUAAACAGUGGAAUAUCCUGUGGUUAAAAUGUCAACAAACAAGGCACUGUUUAGAAGAUGCACUGCAAGAGGCGCACAAAUCCUCUUAUAAGAAUAAUUUACUAAGAACAGUUGACAAUGCUUCCAUAAAAAUUGACUUGAAAGUUGAAAAUGGUUCAUCUCUGAGCAUCUCUGAUUUUGGGAAUGACUUAAACGGUAUUGGUUUUAAUAAUAAUAACAACAAUAUUCCUUUAAUUCAUCAAGAAAGAGACAGUCUUUUGCCAGGGGGGGUGUUAAAUGAAAUAAAAACAAAUCAACGUAUAGAUUUGCACUCACAAUAUAAUGAGGUAUUGUGUUCUCAGGAUGCCUCUUUCCUGCUAAGACGCGAAGAGGUUCUGAAAGACAUUGACCAGUGUGGAUCAGUCUCCUGUUAUUCAGAACCUGUUCGCUCUCCAACUUCUCGUCAUAAAAAACAUCCACUUAAAAAACUUCUAAAGAAAACACAAAGCUUUGAAUUUUCUCAACCUGAAAGUAUUCACAGUGACAUUCAUCGACAUGUCUAUACAGGAGUACACAUCAAGGGACUAGAAAUUGCUGGUAGUGUUUCAUCUGAAAGGUCCCAUUUUCACAAAUUUCAUAGCAAAAGUCCACAAAUGACCAGAAAUAGAAGUUUGUCAUCACCGUCACACAUGCAUUUGCAUGCAGAAGAACAGCGAACAAGAGGCAGAAGCAGCAAACUCCAUCAUAUCAUGGAUGAAAUGAUCACUACAGAAAGAGAGUAUGUGAGAUCCUUAGGAUACAUAAUUGACAACUAUUUCCCAGAAAUGGAGAGAUUAGACCUGCCUCAAGAUUUAAGAGGCAAACGGAAUAUUAUUUUUGGAAAUUUGGAGAAACUUUAUGAUUUUCACAGCCAGUAUUUCUUAAAGGAGUUGGAUCACUGUAUAGACUGUCCCUUAAGAGUCAGCAACUGCUUCCUGAAACAUGAAGAACAGUUUGGAAUGUAUGCUUUGUACAGCAAGAAUAAACCCCAAUCAGACACUUUGCUUAUAAGUCAUGGGAAUGCUUUCUUUAAGGAUAAACAGCAGGAUUUAGGGGACAAAAUGGAUUUGGCAUCAUACUUACUCAAACCCAUUCAAAGGAUGAGUAAAUAUGCUUUGCUUUUAAAAGAUAUGAUCAAAGAAUGUUGUAAAACUCAGGAGCAAGAACUCAGUGAUCUUAGAGCUGCAGAGGAAAUGGUCAAGUUUCAGCUGCGUCAUGGUAAUGACCUACUUGCCAUGGACGCUAUACGAGGAUGUGACGUUAAUCUAAAAGAGCAAGGACCGCUGAGAUGUCAGGAUGAAUUUAUUGUGUGGUGUGGAAGAAGGAAAUAUUUAAGGCAUGUCUUUCUUUUUGAAGACCUCAUUCUUUUCAGCAAGACUAAAAAAAUUGAUGGGGGAUAUGAUAUUUAUAUCUACAAGCAGUCAUACAAGACUGCAGAAAUUGGGAUGACUGAAAAUAUUGGAGAUAGCGGACUACGUUUUGAAAUUUGGUUUAGAAGACGAAAAUCUCAGGACACCUUCAUUAUCCAAGCAAGUUCAGCAGAGGUCAAAUCAACUUGGACUGACAUAAUAGGAAAAAUUCUUUGGAGACAAGCUUUAAGAAACAGAGAACUGAGAAUGCAAGAAAUGGUGUCAAUGGGCAUUGGAAACAAACCAUUUAUGGAUAUCAAACCUAGCGAUGCAGCAAUAAAUGACAGAGCCAUAGAUUAUAUGAUGAAGAGUUCAGAAACAAGAACUCGAGCAUCAAUAGCAGUUUCUACCUUUGACCACUCAACCCCAUUUAAAAGGCCUCAUUCUACUAUUUCUGAUAGUAGCACAUCUUCUUCAAGCAGCCAGUCCUCAUCAUCUCUCCUGGGAUCACUAAAUUUGCAUGUAUGUUCUAGCCCCCCUCAUUCCACAUUACCAGGACCACCUGCCUUCCAUUGGUCAUACGAGAUUGAGCCUUGUAUCGAAGAAGACGAACUGGAGCUAGAAACUGGUAGCCAGCCCUCUAUGAUAACCGAAAGCUCAGAAUCUUCUCAGUGCACUUCCGGUGAAAGCGUAAGUGGUCUCAGUAGUCUCAGUAACUCGGCCCACACCAGACUUUCCCAUGUUUCUCCUGAAACGUUUUCAGAUGAAGCUGCCUCUACUUCCAGUUCAAAGCCUCCUUCUCAGUGCACUUCUCCGGUCCUCCCUGACAAAAAUUCCAGGAUCCAAACUGGAAGCAACCAUUUUGUCACAGCAAACAAACCUUCUCAAACAUUAGACAUCUCACCAAUGGUUUGACUGUGAAUCCUUAAUUCACUUUAAAUUUGAAGACCUGGCAUCUUGAAUUAAAUAUUCAGGAUCAAAUGAAGGCAUCUGAUGUCCUCAGUGUUAACUAUCUUUGCGAGAUGUGUGACUUAAUUCAGCCAUAAAGUGAUUUUCUGGAUUAUGUUAACAUGCAAAUUCCACAUUCUAUGUAGUUCUGUACAUUAUUGUGUAUGUAGAAGCAUUUUAUUUUAUAACUAUGUAGAAAAUGUGUGUAGAAAGCUAGCAAAUGUAUAAAAUGUAAGCUGUAAUAUUGUACAUAUUUAUUUUAUUGCUUUACUUAUUAAACACUUAAGUAAAAUGAUAUUACUGUAAUAGAGGCUUCCAUUUGUGCCUCUUUCUGCCUAUGUAUAGAAGUCAUAUGACUUGUGACUAAGAUGUAAAAAUGUGUUUUUUUAAACUAUAUCAUUUAGAUAUUAGAACGUUAUGUCAACUUAAAAACAUGAAAUGCUGCCAUUUUGUUUAAAAAAUGUAAACCUUGUGUUUUAUAAUAAAAUUUAAAAUUAUUAUUCUCA